GACAAGCCCGUGGGCGAGGGCUCUCCGAAGGCCCCCGACGGCUCCCCCGACGGCUCCGCCGACGGCUCCGCUGAGGAGGGGGAGGAAGAGGUUUCGAGCCUUGGCGAUGCAAUUGUGACGCCGUCGCCGUUGCCUUGGCAGAGUGACGAUGAAGCCGGCCCUCCCGCUGCCUACCAGUCCUCGUCUGACGGUUCGUCUCCCGAGUGG